GCUGGACUGACGUGCAACGUAUGUUUCCGUACUGGGCGGAUCUUUCACUUUCAGGAAACGGCAGCGAAAGCAAUCUGCUGCGAGGUGUAACGAGACAAAAAGCUGAGCUGAAAUAACACUUCUCUUCUCUGCGUGAUCAAGACUCGCGAGCUCUUGGGCAAUGGAGUCGGGCGCGUACGGGGCUUCGCUGGCGGGGGGCUCCUUCGACUGCGUCGCGUUCCUCAAACAGCCGCAAACGAUCGUGCGCGUCCUCAGCUGGGUGUUUGCCAUUGUGGUUUUUGCGACCAUCACAGGAGAAGGCUACAUCAACACAAGUGCUGAAAAUGCCAAGUGCAUGUUUAACGAGAACGACGGUGCCUGUAGCUAUGCAGUGUUUGUUGGAGUGGUGGCCUUCCUGUCCUGCGUUUUCUUCCUGGUGCUGGACGCCUACUUCCCCCAGAUCAGCAAUGCCAAGGAAAGGAAAUACAUAGUCACUGCCGAUCUGGGCUUCUCAGGCCUGUGGACAUUCCUGUGGUUCAUCUGUUUCUGCUACUUGGCCAACCAGUGGUCACACACCAACAAAACUGAUAACGUCAUUGUGGAUGCUGCACGGGCUGUGGUGGCCUUCUCUUUCUUCUCCAUAAUCACUUGGGGGCUGCUGGUCUUUUUUGCUGUGCGAAGAUACCGUGAAGGAGUGACUGAAUUUAGUCAGAACUACACAGAUCCAGCAAAUGACCACACCACCCCCUACCCUCCAUACGCCACCACUGUCCCACAAGGCUACCAGCAGUCCCCCUUCUCUUCCAACACAGAGCAGCAGGGAGAUGGAGGCUACCAGCCUCCAGCCUACUAAUGAAGGUGUUCAGUUUGGAGCACAUGAGGGUCAUGGGUGUGGCCUUGGGGUUAGGUGGGCUCAUGGAGUUAUUUUUUUAAAGCAGCCAAUUAAGUUUUAACAACCAGCAUGAGUCCCCUCACUCCAAUGGGUUUGUGUGUGUGUGUGUGUGUGUGUGUGUGUGUGUGUUUUGUUUUGUUUUGUUAAAAGUGUAUUUAUUUGCUGUUGCAUCCUUACAUACAUACAGCAAAAAUCCACGUUUGGUUGGGAUGGGUGCUGCCAUAACUAGACUUGCCACUUUUUUUUUCUGCUGCAUGUCCACUCACCAGGUCCAGCCAUACUGUCAGUAAAGCAACAGCCAAUUUAGCAGGCUAAACAAUUUUUUAGACCAUAUCCUGAGGGGUGCAAUCCAAGCAUAAACACAGGCUUACAGGGUUGCCAGAGUAAGUGAUUUUCAGUUUCUUCCUGAAAUUAAACAGCUUUCCAGAGUUAACUGCAAUUCAUUAGGUUCUGUAAUAUCUGGACCAAUGAAAACUUAAGUAUUGUGACAAUUACAUUAAAAUGUUUUAAGGUUUAAAUAUGGCUGUGCAUUAUUUUUAAUGGCAUUCAUCAGUAUUUUAUGUUUUUCAUUGUAAUUCUGGAAGAAAAAAGACCACAUGGUUUCAUUAAGAAGGGUCCUAUAUUUGCUCAUCUGUAUAACCGGACCUGGCACUAACUUUGUAUAGUGAUACUUCGGCCCAAUUUAAUAUUUUACUAAGGCGUACAGUUUUAUAGGAGUGUUGCUUUAAUUGAAUAUUCCAAUGGUGUUGCAAUAACAGAAUUAAUAUAUCCCAAUCAAUGCAAUAGACUUACAUUAUUGCAGCACUGGUCACAUCACACUGCUGUAAUGUAGGCUCCAGAAGAAGCCAAUAAUCCCUGCGUUGAGUAUAUCGUGGCCUUUUGCCUUGGGAAUCUUCACAAAUGAUGUGCACUGGAUAAAAUGUGCCUUAAAUUUUUUUGUUGUUUAUAUCAAGCUGUAAAUACAACUAAACAGUAGAAGUCCACAGGUUAGAUCACGCUCGCAGUUCAUUCUUUUACAGUCUAAUUUACAUGUUUGUUGGGUGUGUUUGAAUGUAUGUAUCCAUGGAUGUCUCUUUAAAUGCUCUUUUUAUUCUGCUGUAACCAACAUAUUCCACACAUUUGACGGAACAAGGUCAUUCAUACAUUCUUGCGUGAACAUAACUUCUUCGGCCAUAGGUCUUAGAUGUUACUCACAUAUUAUCAGUACCAUCUUCAAUAUACUGUAAGUUUGUAGCUGUUAAUUAAAUGUUUACAGGGGCCCAGAAACAUAUGCUGCACCGCACUGAAAGAUUUCCGUACAAGAGUUCUUCAUUCGGUAUGCAAAUUGCAAAAACAUCACCUCUGGGACAUCAAGCAGAAAAAAAACUCUGACAAUCAACAUUUUUACAUUUGAUCCUGACUGCAACCCCGUCUUUUUGCACCCUUAGAUGUUUGGGUAUUCAGUUCCACUUCUACUGUUAAAAGUUACUUGUUUCUAUGACUUGUAGUUUUGGCAGGAGACUCAUGCUGAGGACCACACCCAGUGUUUCUGAAGGAUAAUAUUGGAAGAGGUCCAUUAUUCUUUGUCUUGGUCUGCUGCUCAACUCUUUUUCAAAUGAUGUAACCGCUAAUAAUGAUUUUAUGCCAAAGUCUAGGAAAUAAGAUGAUCACAGCAAGUUAAAGGCAGAUUUCUUAAAGCUGCUUUUAACAGUCUUCCAUGUGUGUAAUCAACUGCUUGUUCAAAUUUCCAUGGUAAAUGAAACCUACAUACUUACUGAGCUAUGAAUCUGCAUUUGUAAAUCUAUACAAUCUUUCAGUGACAGUUUUCAGUA